ACACCAACGUGCAGACAACGACCGGCAAGCGGCAAGUGCAAGGAACGAAAAUCAUCAUCUUUAUCAGAUUUUGUGGGCCCUCUUUGAUUAUUUCUCCAAAAUGUCGACGGCCUUGAUGGCUAAGCCCAAGAGUGAGAUGACCCCAGAGGAGUUGGCUCAGAGAGAACAGGAAGAGUUCAACACAGGACCUCUGUCAGUGCUCACACAGUCUGUGAAAAACAAUACACAGGUCCUCAUCAACUGCAGAAACAACAAGAAACUCCUGGGAAGGGUGAAGGCUUUUGAUAGACACUGUAACAUGGUUUUGGAAAAUGUUAAAGAGAUGUGGACUGAAGUACCCAAAACAGGGAAAGGAAAGAAGAAGUCAAAGCCUGUGAACAAAGAUCGUUACAUUUCCAAGAUGUUUCUUCGAGGGGAUUCUGUUAUUUUGGUCCUGCGCAACCCACUGGCCACAACGAAAUAGUUUUCUGCUUGUUGAAUGAUGCGGAUAAGCUUUUAUUGCCUUUACCAAGGGCAGUGUAGUGGUGGAGUUACUCCCGUAAGACAGUGAAAACUCAGUCUUUUCUAACAUUUUCAUACAUGUUUUGAAAUCUGUGCACGGUUGUGCAUGUUUGCGAAAGGUGGAGCCUGGUGUCACGUCUGAAUUGAAUAAAUGUGCUUGGGUUCUGCAUCAAGUCUGUGUCAAGUAUACUGAAAAAUCAUUCACUGUAGAUGUAAGUUAUCUAUUGGAUCACACUCUCGAAAUGUAUACCCUGGUCCUUUCUCAGCAUUUAAGAUUAAAACUUUAAAGUCAAAAGUAUUGAUGUCAUGGUUAACAAAAAUGUCUUUGUAAACCAUUUGUUUAUGAAAUAAAUCCUGCAUCUUGAAAAAGCUGUUUAAAACCAAACCAUGCUCAUAUAUGCAUACGACUGGGUAAGGCUUUUCCUGGAAACUUAAUGACUUGAUAUCACAACACUCUUGGCCCCUGGGAUCAUGAAGCGAUCUUAGACCUAAGGCAAAAUUUAAAGUAACGUUGAAAUAUAUAUUUCUUACUUAACAAGGUCGAAACACUGCAUUACAAUGUUUAAUUCUAGAUAAGUUAUUGUAAAACAAUUUUCAGCUUAAAUAACCGAAAAGAACAUACCAAAUUUUAAUGAUAGAAAUUUUUGAUUUUGAUUUAGAUUGAAAAGUCUUAAGAUCGCACCUUUAGUCACUAUUGCUCAGAGGAAGACGACUGGAGAAAUCAGCUGUGUCUCCUAGAGUCACACAUACUGACUUGUGGACCGGUAUCUAGAGCACAGUCUGGUGGUGAAACUGUUCAGAUGAUAGUAAAACAGUGCUUCAAGAAGACAAAGCAAAUGAUUUCUCAUCUGCAUAUUUCUUUUCGCUGGUGACAUUUCCGAGAAGAGGCUUAAGCUCUGGUGCUGAUUUAAAAUGAUAGUGAUUGUUACUAUUAGAACAGCGCAGGUUAAUGUUCUCAGGGCAGUAAAGAUCAGCUUUGCAUACAAAGCUUUGUGGAGCCGAGGCCCUGGCCCUUUGUCAAUGAAAAUCGCAGCAUGUCCUUUCCUUGAAGCCCAUCUGUUGCUUUGUAAUAGUUUUGUGGAACAGCAACUAUUAAAGAUAUUUGUCCAUCAUAUUUAGCUCUUUCUCCUGUAUAAGUUUGUUUCAUCUCAGCUUCAUAUUCUGAUUGGAAAUAUUCAUUUUAUCAUUCAACCCAAGUGCACUGAAUGAGACAUGACAAACAUUAAAUGUCACACGUAAAAUCUCACCAAGGACACUUAUCAAAACGAAAGAGACUUUGUGUUAUUGCGUGUAACAUUAUUUUAAUGAAACAAUUCAAGAGAAGUCUGUACUAUGUAAUGUCGUCAAAUUCAAUCAUUUUUUUUUGAAAGUUAAUAAAGAUA